AUGAUGCUUCUUUGUAAGCAUCUGAUACGACAGGCUCAUAUGAGAGGGCAUCAGAUUCGGAGGCUGAAUGAAGUUGGACUGCGAGGAUUUCAUGUCAAAGAGAUGGAUCAAGUCCUGGAAAGUGAGACGAAUGAGUACGAGUUCUUGAUCACAGGUCGUCAACAGAAAUCUGCAGUACUUGGAAAGGCAGUGGCUAGAGUGACGUCGAUGGUUCGUCGCCCUGAGGCUCGUGACCAGUACCUGAGGCUAGUUACAAAACUGGAGACUCUCCAGGUAGUAGACCGUACUACUGUUGCCAUCCCCUCUACUGCCGCCAUUUGAAGCGUUAUUGUUGUAGACAGUGAAUGCUCGAUCUACCGAGAGCUGAUUCAUUUGAUGAUUGAAACGGGUGAGGGAUGUCAGCUACAGCUAGAAGUAACAGAGAAGGGUGCCUGAUACAGUGAUACCGUGAGUAAGAUUGGAGACAACUGCUAGCCACCUAACAGUAGUAGCUGGUGAAUAGCUUUUGCUUAGAGUUGUCUUUUGAAGGUUAGGCUUCCUAUCAUUGCUUAAGGUUAGUUGUACGUUGUUAAGUUUUGAGACAACUGCUAACCACCUAACAAAUCCAUACAAUACAAGUUUGGGUAGAUAUGGUGAGUGGAUAUGAGUCUAUCUUUUGAAAGUUCCUAAAAUUUGAGUGGGUGGGGAAUGAAUUUGGAUAAGGU